CGACCGGUAUGUCACUACUGUCAAAGACUAGGGCACUUCAUCCGCGACUGCAGAACUCGCAUGCAGGAUAUGGAGAGGCAAUCGAACCAAGCGAAUCAAGGAUAUCAGGGCAAUCAGGCGAACCUGGCUUCAUCGUCGAAUUCUGUAUCAAUUUCACAGGCGCCAGGAGCCAUUGUUCCCUAUCAAGCUUCGACGAACGAGAAUCGAGAAAACCAAGGAUACGGUGGCUAUGGCGGCAAUUAUAAUAACGGGUACGGUGGCGGAUAUAAUGGAGGGUAUCGACGGCCCUGGAAUCCAGAGCAGAGGGAUAGGAAUGAGCAGAUUGACAAAAUGUGGAGUUGGAUGUCAGGAGAGAUGCAGGAGAAGGAUCAAUUGAGAAAAGAGAGGGAAGAAGCUACGAGGAAGGAGGAAGAGGCGAAGAAGGUCAGAGAGAUUGAGGAAAAGAGGCUUGCAGAAGCAAAGGAUAAGGAAGAUUUUAACGCCAGCAUAGGCCAGAUGGUGGAUAAUCAGAUGAGGCGGGUAUGCGAGGAGGUUCUGGGGAAGAAAGUUGGAAAAGGUGAGCGCUCACUUACGCCCGCAACGGAGGAAAUUCGCAAGAGGACGGAAGCGGAAAAGAAGAAGAGAUACGCGGAAGAAGAAAUCAGAAGGAAAGAUGAAGAGAUUGUUAGGUUGAAGUGCGAAAUGGCCAAUAUCCAAGGGACUAGCUCUCACAGUAGCAUGGCAGAACAAGAAUUGGCAGCGCUUAGGGCCGACAAUCAACAUUUUAUUCAUGAUGUGAUUUAUCUGAAGGAACAGGUAGAUCAGCUCAAGAGAGGAGCUAAGCGAACUGCUCAAGCCGUGGAGGAAAAAAGUCCUCUCCAGGAGCCUGCAAAGGGAAAUGCAAAGUACCAGAAUGAGUCAACGCCAGCGGACUAUGUUAGACUCUCGGAAGCAUACAGAAAAAUGAGAGAUGACAAGGACAUGGUGGAGAGGGAGGUGCAAAUGCUGAAGGAGAGGAUUGGGCGAAUUCGGAUUUCACCGCUGUCUGCAAAAAGGAUUACACCUCCAACUGUCAGAAGGAAGAAGGUCGCGAUAAAAAGUGGUUUACCAACGAAUUUGAGACAACAACUAAACAGUAUUGAAAGUCCAAGUAAGACGAGUGAAACUGGAGGAGGGGAAAUGGCACAGGUGAAAUUCGUCAACUUGAAGAAUGAAGAUUGGGAGUCGUUCAAAAGAAGGGUAUGCGGGGAACUCUGCAAACUUAAGAAAGCGAAAAUUGAGAAAAUUUAUGACGAAGAAAAGAUCGGGUACGUGACCAUCAGAGCAUCGGCAGAAGCGAUUGCAGAAAUGUACACUGACCGCGCUUAUGGGAAGCAGAGCAACUAAGAAGAAGACAGGUCAUCUGAAAGCCCAGAAGGAUCCAAAGAUCUUGUUGCAGAAACGGAAAACG